AUGCCUCUUUUAAAGAAGAAGUCCUUUGCCUUGACUGAGCCUCCUCAGGAUUUGAAGCCAGAGGAGCAUGUUUACCAAGUUCGAUUUACGAAAGAAAUAUUUCGAGAUUAUCCUGGUUAUUUGAGCCGUUUGAAUUUGUACCGCCAGAGGGUUUGGGCAUGUAAAGUCACUGGAAAAACUGGCUUGACUUAUGAAGAGGCUUUGGUGUCAGAACAAAGAGCUACUGAAAAAUUCCUACAGUUUCCCAAAGAAUUUAUGACUCCUGCUCUAAAGAUCAUUCAAUUCAGUAUGCUCCCUUUGAAGGAACUUGCCGAUUCUAUUGCUGAAAAACUGCAGGAACGUUUGUUCAUUGGUGCGGAACUUUAUGGGAAAAAAGAUGAUGGUCUAUGUCCAUGCAGAAUACUAAAAGUCAUCCAGGAAGGAGUCAACAAAUAUCGAUAUGAGGUAGCCUGGCUUGACAAAAACAAGAAUAUUAGUGAAAAAACUGAAAUAUCUGCAGAGGAUUUGGUGCAAAAGAAGCCUCUUUUUAGUAGAAAUAUUCUGAAGUCUUUUAUCCGAGAAUCUACAUACCGAAGUGCCCCUUGGGUGUUACAUAACAAACUGGCACAAAAUCAAGGUAUCUCAACUGAAGUUCCUGAGGAGUUAAGAGGAAAGGUUUUUCUCAAAGACGGACUUAUAGUUUGCUCCAAGAAAAGAAAUAAUGAGGAAUCAAUGGAGGAAGCUGAUAAACUUAAAAAGAAGAAGUUGGACAGGACACUAGUCAAUGGUUCUGCACGAGAGAAAGAAAAUGUAGAAUGCAAGGAGAUACCAAUCAAAUACCCCAUUGAUGAUCUAUUGGUGAAGCCUAGUCCAGAUGACCCUGUUUUCACUGUCCGUCCUCCUCCGUCAAGAGACUUCAAUGUUCCAAUUCAUUGUGUAGGGGAUCUCUUAAUGGUUUGGGAUUUUUGUACUUCUUUUGGUAAACAGUUACACUUGUGGCCCUACUCUUUGGAAGAUUUUGAAAAUGCAAUCUGCCAUAAGGAUAGCAAUGUGGUUCUCCUUGUGGAAUCUCAUGCUGCACUUUUUCGAGUUCUUAUCAAAGAUGAUGGUGAAUACACUUCAGUGGUUGAGAAACGGAAUGUGAAGAAGAUAACAAUGGUUAACUGGGGAGAAUACCUGUGUGAUUUUCUAGAAAUGAUCAAUAUUCCUCGAUUACGGAACUAUGAAGCAACCAUAAAACGGGGACAUUAUGGCCUUGUAGAUGCCAAUGCUAAAUUAGAGCUCUUAUCCGAGUUGGUCAAUCGAGUCCUUGAAACUGCAGUUUUCAGGGAGAAGUUGGAUAAGUUAAUUGAACAACGCCACGAACUUGGGGCCUCUAAAAGGGAAGAAGCACUAGAACUUGGUAGAAAGAAAAGAGAAAAGAAGGAGAGGUUGAAAGCUGACUCAGAAAGCAACGGGCAUCAUUUAAUAGACAGUGCAGAUAUCCUAACAAACAAUAAUCACAUUAUGCAAAAUGGACACAUGGAAAAGAAAACAAAUGGAGAGAUAGAAUCAUCCAUUCAAGACAAUUCACUGGGUAGUAGUGGGAUUAAGCAUUCAAGUCCUGCUUCAGAAAAGACUCCUAAAAAUCUGGAUUCAGAGCUGAAAGAACCACCAGAAAAUGGAAAAGUAUCCAAAAAGAAAUCAUCAAAUCCUGCUUCAGAAAAGACUCCUAAAAAUCUGGAUUCAGAGCUGAAAGAACCACCAGAAAAUGGAAAAGUAUCCAAAAAGAAAUCAUCAAAACAGUUGAAGGUGGUUAAGGAUUCAUCAGACAAGAAUAGUGUAGAGCGGAGGAGAGAAUACUUUGAACGGGAGAUGGAGAAACGAACUAUUCGUAGAAGCCCAUUAGGUAAAGACCGAGAUUACAAUAGGUAUUGGUGGUUCCGCCGCGAUGGAAGGAUAUUUGUUGAAAGCUGCGACUCCAAGGAGUGGGGAUACUACAGCAGCAAGGAAGAGCUUGAUGCAUUGAUGGGUUCACUGAAUUGCAAGGGUGAGCGUGAAAGGGAACUGCAAAAACAACUGGAAAAAAGUUAUACUAGUAUAUGUUCAGAACUGCAAAAAAGAUCGAAUUUGGUGCAGAAUAGUGCCAUUGACGAGUCUAUACUUCGAAGGUCUACUCGUGUUCGAGCUCCACCCAGGGAAAACCCUGCCCAUGCUUUCCUCAAAUAUGUUAACAAGUGGAAAGAUGAGUAA